AUGGCUUCAACAAUCUCCACUUCCGCUUCAAAUUUCGAUGAGCUUCGGUGGGUUAUCAACAUCCGUCGUUCCCUAGCUGAAGAAAUCGAAGAAGAAACGGAAGUCCCCGUUUCCAUUUUCAACGUUCCCAAAACCCUCAUGUUAACUGAUCCUGAAUCAUAUAUCCCUCAAAUGGUUGCUCUUGGUCCUUACCAUUAUUCGCGUCCCGAACUCCAUGAGAUGGAAAGAUACAAACUUGCAGCAGCCAAAAGAGCCCAGAAACAUCUCCACCGUGUAAAAUUCAAUACUCUUGUUGACAACUUGAUGAGAUUUGAACCCCAGAUUCGAGCAUGUUAUCAUAAGUAUCUGCAUUUCAAUGGUGAAACGUUAGCUUGGAUGAUGGCCAUCGAUGCUUCUUUCUUGCUUGAGUUUCUACAGAUCUAUGGUCUCGAAGAAGGGAAGACUCUUUCCAGAGUUUCAUCGCGGAUGUCACAUUUGGUCGAUUAUGCUGGAAGGAAAUCAGCUCACAAUUCAAUUCUUAGAGAUAUUGUGAUGCUUGAGAAUCAAAUCCCUUUGUUUAUCCUUCUAAAGGUGCUUGAAAUCCAAUACUCGUCACUGGAACUGGCUCAUGAUUUGUUAGCUUCGAUGUUAAAGGGACUAACUAAAGAGCUCUCCCCUUUGAAAGCCACAGAUAACUUGCCCAAGAUCGAUAUCUCAAACCGUGCUCAUGUUUUGGACUUCCUUCACUACAUGGUCGUCCCCAUGGUCGAUGAAGAACAGUCUGAAACAAACGAGCCAGAAGAUCACAAAGAAGACCAAGGCCAUAAAACAAGUGAUUCCCAAUUUCCAAGUUAUCUACCGAAUGAGUUAUGGAAUCUGGUCUCGAAAAUAAAGAAAGGUCUAAUACGAAACAUCAAAGCUUUGCUGCUAUCGAGACCUGUUAGAGUCUUGCUUACGUUGCCUUGGAAAGUCGUCUCUAAUCUCCCUGGAUUUUCAAUGCUGAAGCAGCUAAUUGAAUAUUUGUUCUUCUCACAAGACAAGGAAGAAGAAAAACCAGAAAACGGUUCUUGCCUAAACAAGCCCCCGCUGGCGGAGGAGAUCGCCAUACCCUCCGUUGUGGACCUCUGUAAAUCAGGAGUCCGUUUUAUACCCACCAAUGGGAACAUUUCCAGUAUUAAAUUUGACCCCGAUACUUCCACGUUCCAUCUUCCGACUGUCGCCUUAGACAUUAACACAAAGGUUGUGUUAAGGAAUUUGGUGGCAUACGAAACAUCAAACGCAUCGGGGCCUUUGGUUUUCACACGCUACACUGAAUUAAUGAACGGAAUCAUCGAUACCAAGGAAGAUGUGAAGCUACUGAGUGAAAAUGGGAUAAUUGUGAACCAUUUGAAGAGUGAUGAAGAGGCUGCUGAGUUAUGGAAUGGGAUGAAUAAAUCCAUUAGAUUGACCAAAGUCGGGUUCUUGGAUAAAGUGAUUGAAGAUGUUAACAAGUAUCAUAAUUGCAGAUGGAAUGUUAAAGCCAGGAAAUUCUUUGAACAAUAUGUAUAUGCUUCCUGGCAGUUUUUAACAUUGUUGGCUGCAAUUAUGCUUCUGAUUUUGUUGGCAUUUCAGGCCUUUUGCUCCGUUUAUAGCUGCUCUCGACUAUUACGAAUACACAACUCAUAA